UGAUGGCAGGCACAAGUGCUUUGCCACUUCAACAAUUAAUUGCAUCAUUGGACAAUACUUGUCUGCCAAAAAUUCUACAGGUUUGCUCUGGGGUCUAUUUCCAAGGGUCUAUAUAUGAACUUUCUGGGAGUGAGGUGUGCUUUUCUACUGGGGAUCUAAUAAAGGUCACUGGUAUUGAGCUCCUAUCAGUGAGCUGUGAAGACAUCACAAACAAUGAGAAAUUUGAGCUGCCUAUUAACCACACAGGCAAGUUUAAGGUUGUUGCAGAGGAGAUGCCGUACAGUACGGUAGAGGAGAUGCUGAGUCUGAGGCCUGUAGGCCUGGAAUCCGGCCUUCCCUUCACAUUCACCAGCCGCUCCAAGAUGACCAUUGGCAAUUUCACACUGGGGGCCGGGAAAGCUUUGACUGUGCUCUCCAUUGAGCGGCGUGAGAGUGAGGAAGGUCAGGUCCGCUGCCAUGUUCGAGGACAACAGGAUGCCUCAGCUGAAGUGUGUGUCCCUCUUUCUUUCCGAGGAGAAUUCUAUGAGUGUGAGAACGAGGAGUGCUUUACUCUGCAGGAGAUCAUGUCCUCUGUCUGCCUGCGUACUCGAAAGUUUUGCUUCAUCAACACAACCAAAAGUCAACGUCCACUUGUUCUCAGUCCGAUAUACCAGGUCCACGCCAUCAUGAACUUAAGGAAGAAUGUGUUGAAGUUCCCGUCCAGCUUAGAGGUGGAGGUGAUCGAUGUCACUGCGCUAUAUAAAGAUAUAAAUUUUGUGACCCCGCUCAAUCUGACAGAGGUCCUUUCCCAGCCAAAUGAAUCCUUUCCUGCAGUAGUGGAGAUACUGGAAGGCCCAGAGACCCGCUCUCUGUUGAAGUGCAGCUGGCUACCAGGACUUAGCAUAAGGGAGCACCUGGUUUUCCACAAGAAAGGAACCUCAGCCAUGAUUUUAUUAUCGAGCUCUAAGAGUCGGAAGGCUCAGCAGUACUUUCUGGUAUCUCAGCAAUAUGGUGGACGAUUUCGGAGGCAGCCAAGAGAGUUUAAUUCAGUGUAUGAGCUGUAUGUUGCUUCAAGCCAGGCACCCGGUCUGAUCGUCAGUGUAACAAGAAACUGUGAAGAAGUUGAGGAGGAGGGCCUGCCUGCUCUCUGUGUUGGGGAACAGCUGGAGGUUGUACGCUGCGGAAGGCUGGAGUUGCCUUGUGGAAGCAGCAUUGGACGGAAGGAGUCCGUGGAGGCUCUUUUGUGUCAGCGUCUCCCAGAGUCAGAUGAUGGGGAUGAUGAUAAUGAUGACGAUGAUGAUGAUGAUGAUCAUGGUGAUGAUCAUGAUGAUGAAGAUGAUGACAAAGAGGUCGUCAAACAGGAAGAUGCGAGAGAGGAGAUUUUUCUGCCUCUGUACAUGCAGGGUCACUUUGUGGAAGUACUCACUGAUAAGAAGAAGUACAGACUCAGGGACCUGGGUAAGGACUUAAGUUUGCCGCUGGAUGUUAAAGUGGUGCGCCGUGAUACUGAACUUGAGACUGAUCCACUGGUUGGGUUUGCGUGUCUUAGAAUAGAGGGGGCUAUGUUAGAACCCACCAUCCAGGCAAGCUUUCUACACAGGCCAGACCACUGUUUCGAGAUCCCAGCCCAGUGGCUUUCUAUGUCUGUCUGUUUCUCCAAGGACGCCCUGCCAUGGCCCAGGGAUCAACCCCCUAAGUUCCAUGUGAAUAGUGUUACUGAGGUGACAGAAGCGUUCUUUUAUGAAUUUCGCAAACAGGGGAACUCGGAUGCGGCGCCUCCUCCUCGACCACCAAAGCGAAAUCUGUUAUCUUCAGACUUUCCAAAAAAAUCAUUAAAACCCUCAAAGAAAUCAUCCAAGGCAGACAAAUCCAAACAUCGACCAGAUAAAAGUGUCCCAACCAAAAAGUUAGCCAAUUUGACUUUAAGUAGCAAAAAAAGGCCUCCAGCUCCCCUACCUCCAAUUAUCUUAGAUGAAAAUCCGCCACCAGUUGCACCCCGAAAGCACUCAGCAGCUGAAAUGACAGCAGGCACGGCUCUGCAAAACACUUAUGUGAAGAUGGAGGAAUCUAUGAAAAAAGUGCAACUGUGUGAGGUGGCCCCAGAUGUGGACAGUGACCAUGAUUAUGAAACAGUGGACGAUACUUUGCCGGCACUGAUGAGGAAAGCACAAGAGAAUGUCAUGUUCUACUAAACAUUACAUUGUAGUGAAACAACACACGGGUGUACCGGAAACAAAGUUACAGUCAGACGAAGCAACCUGUCCAUGAAAUCACAAAUAUUGUGUUGAAACUCAUUAAAUUACUUAACAUCUCUAAGGUUGGAUAUUUCAGUUUUAGAUUACAUACGAUAACGAUAUACUCCUGACAGUAUACUGUCACACUGUAUACUUUAUACACAUCCGUGAGGACCUGUGAGAUAGUUUGCAAGAUUUAAAGCACCCAAAGGAGCUUUUGGUGACUCAUGGUCCAGUAGAAAAAUAUGGAGCUGUUUGCCCUUUUGUUUUUAGCAGCCGUUUAGCCAAGACACGUAUAGCAAAGGUGUUAAGUUUUGUAGACACUUCAGUAAUCGCAAAUGUUUACUCAUAAAUACCUGAUGAAAACGCAUCCUUGGUGUAAAACAAAACUUAACACCCGUGCUUCUCAAGUAAUCAGUGAAACUCUUCAUUCUUAAGAAGGUGUGAUCCUCUUCCAGGUUGCCAGUGGCUGGAGCUUUGACACAUACAGUAUAUCACUCACAAACUUUGAACAAGUGCAACCUUUAUUGUAGUAUUUGUUAAAAUAUAAUAUAGUACCUUUUUCAUUCAUUUCAUUUCAUUAUAAUGUUGUAUAAUGUCAAAUCAACACCUUGUCCAAAAACAAACUGCAUAUUUAUAAGCUUCACAUAGUUGUCAAUGGGUUUCAUUUUAUUGUAUAGGCAUUUGAUGUAUAUGUCAAACCCCCCUGUGUAUAUGCAAAAUCUAAACGGACAUGGCUGCGAGGUGAGAGCUAACCACAAUGGUGAGAAAGCGGCAACUGUGCAGCUUCUCACUUGGUGAGUGAUUGUGUUGCUCUCCCUCCCACAUCAAAAUAAUGAUCUGAAAGUACAAAAAGAUGCUACACAUAUCAAACUGUUAUUUAUUUUUUUAAUUACUUCAUUGAAAGUAAUCCAAGCUUUUCAGUUAUAUACUGCUGACUGGGAGUAUGUUCCCAAAGAAAUAAAUUUAGGUUUUUGAAAUUUUUGUUGAUUAAUGGGCCAUUCAAUUUGAAAAACUCACUGCCAAAGAGAUAAUAACAUAAUAUGCAUGUAUAUGUAUACAAAAGACAUCUCUUAUAAAAACGAAAAAAAAAUUACCUUCAGAAUGUACACAGACCUAUUUGGUUUAUUAUUCUUCUUUGUUAAAAUCUAUUUACUGUAUGAACCAAAGGGGCCUUUUUAGACACAUGUUGGUCUAUAUUUCAGCAUCAUUGUGGUUGCCAGGUGUACUCAAUCAAGUAAUGAAAACAUCUGAAGCACAAGAUGCAAAAUUCUGUUUGUUGUGGCUAAAAGUGUGAAUACACAUAUAAAU